AUGCAGACCCUCCGGCUUCCUUGUCCUCUAGAGAAGCAUGUUCGAAGUCUGUACGGUGGCAAUAGUGACGAUCUGCUAUCGUGCCCCUUGGCACAGAUUGAAGACACCGGUGCUCGAGGGUAUGCAUUGAGAUUGUCAUGCACCCCACUCUUGAACGACGUGCACGACCAGACGGGACAUUUUAAUAAGCUUGACCGAGAUCUCUCUCUUCUACUACCACGUCGUCAUAGCACUAUUGACGGGCUGCCAGUGGCCCAGGAAGCUCCCAUUCAGAAGUUAUGUUCCAAGGUAAAGAGUCUCCUGUCGAGACUGCCUGAGGUUCCUCAACGUAGCUUCUACCUGCCUCUCAACAGCCGAUUCGCGCGGAAGGGAGGGUCAACACUUUGGGAUGGCAUCAAAGGUGGCAGCUGGGCCGCAAAAUACAUCCUGCCUGAGGCGCGCUCGCAACUGCAACAACAACCAGGAGAGGACUCGACUGCAAUGCUUGAUCUGAUGAACCGAAUGCGCGACCUCGCGUGGGACAACCUAUAUGUCACGAGAUAUAUCGACACGAAUUCCUUGACUCUGGCAACUGUACUCGCACGACAAGGCAACAAGCCAGAUCUCGGCCUCGCACAAAGAUCCUUGAACUACGUCAAUUUACUCUCGGAGUUGUUCGAUGAAUUCGAGACCAUGAGUAAUGCUGUGUCUAUGGGCAUCGAAGCUCCCUUCGAAGAUAUGUCGGACCAAGGUCGAGCCUUAAAGGACGCAUUAUUUACCCAGGAGCAUGACGACCAUGUACAGGCCAUGGCUAUCAUCAAGGUCUUCCUGUGGUCGGCUUGGCAGCGCUCACUGAUGCUUCACUUCUACUACGUGAUCGGAGUCCAGCUAGUUCAUGGUUACUCUUCUACCUGGAACUCCCUACUGGCUGUGCGCGGUGUCUUUGAGUUGAACUCACUGUCCAGGGGGGAUUCCCGGGAGAAUUGUACCGAGUAUAUGUGCAAUUGGGCUUUCGGGCUGUUGAAGACUAGUCGAACAUCCGUGGGACUCGACUUCCGUCGGAUGAUCUCAAGAUUUGACGCUCAAUUCCACGACCGGUCUGCAAGGUGCAUACGUGGUUCAGAGGACGCCUGUGCAGGAGGUCGUCCAGAGACGUGUCAGCGGUUCACCGCUGCAGAGACCGCAGCGCAAUCGGCCCACGUCUUAUCCUGUAGCAAGGACUGUGCAAAGAUUGUCUGGGAUGCUUCAUCCUACCAUGGUUCCUUGAAACCGGCUGCAAUUGUGGCCACUGAAGAGUCGCGGCAUCUGGAGUACUUGCCUGUCUCUUCGGAGACGCUUGCCAUCUCCCACGUCUGGAGCCAUGGUCAAGGCGGUCGGCCAGAAUCUGGGAUCAAUGCCUGUCUUCAUCAGCGAUAUUGCCGCCUGGCCAAUAAAUUCGGAUGUGACACGUACUGGAUCGAUGUUGCCGCUAUCCCGAGUGAAACGAAACUUCGACGGCAGGCUAUCAAUAGCAUAAGCCACAUUUUCGCGAUCGCAAAGGUGACGGUGGUGAUAGACAUGGAUGUCCAAACCGUUGACGUGGAUCCCUCAGUACCAACCAUUGACCAAAUUGAGAUGCUUGUAUCGACUUUGCUGGUAAGUGACUGGACUGUCCGGGGCUGGACAUUGUUGGAGGGUAUCCGUGCCAGCCGUGCCAUUUUCCUACUUUGCAGGCACGAUCGCGUGGUCAAUCUGCGACAAGCUCUGUUGACUUUACACGAACGAGGGUCUGUUGACAUUGCGGCACUUCUGGGCAGCACGCAGCAUUUAAUCCCGCAUGCAGAUCCCUCGACUACCAAAAGCGUUGAGGAGGCAGGUUAUCUUCUCAGCCAGCGUCACACUUCCUGGCCUGAGGAUGUCAUCAUUUGCUGGAGCUUACUCAUCAACAGGCCGGUGCAAACCAAAGCUGCUGACCUCUGGAGACAGCAGGUUCGAGUUAGGAGUGCGUUUCUCCUUUCUAGUGCACCUCGUGUCAGCGGAGUCAAUGGCUUGGGAUGGGCGCCCGACUCCCCAUAUAUUCGUCCUAUCCACCGUGCCGUUGAUCUGCCCUGCGGCAGGAAACAGGAAUAUACGGUACGGUUUCCUUGCUAUGACGGUGGAGGCAGUCUGUUCGCGCAAAUCACAGAUCGUGGGCUACGUGGCCGGUGGCGCAUCAUCAGAGUUGAUAGCUCGUUCUUGGAGAACGUGCAAGAAAUGUGCUGCCACUUGACACAUUACGAGGACGAAGAGGUGACAUUUGACGAAUCUGAGCUCGUCUAUGCUUAUCCGGACGAAGCUCUUGCGUGUCACACUAUGGAGGCGUUACUGAGUAGAGCGGCAGAGGUGAGACUCGUCCGAGCACUGGAUGAAGAUGGCAUGUCUCCGUACGUUGGCAGCAGUCAGCGAGGUGAAGACUUUGGAUCAGUUGCAGCUAUCUGUGCUAGCUCUGACAAGGGGUCACAAUGGGAAUGGAAAGGGGUCUAUGCCUGGCAAGAGAGUGAAAAUUACCACGGUUGGGAAAUCGAUGAAAUGCUCAUUGUUUGA